AUGAAAGCUCAUAUGAACACGGUGGCUGGUAAUGAGGCUCUUGUCUUGAACAGCGCACAAGAAUAUCCCGGUAUUAAUUUCUAUGGCUUGAACCCUGGUUUGGUAAAAACCAAUAUACGCAAUAAUCUACUGGGAGAGAAUUCGUGGAAGUCGUGGAUUCUGGAGUAUUUUGUUGGUCUCUUUACCAAGACAGCAGAUCAGUAUGCUUUGAGAAUUGUUCCCUUGUUAAUUGCUCCUGAGCUUGAGGAACGCAGCGGAACGCUUUACAAUGACAAAGGUAAUGCGAUAUUACCAUCUGAAGGAAUGACAGAAGAUUAUGCAGCUCGCUACGUCAAAGCUUCGGAAGAUCUGUUGAGGAGCAAAGACAUCAUCGAAUAA